GGACCACAUUUAAUUAGUCCAGAAUCAAGUUUGGUGAUUACAAUCUUUUGCAGCCCUUUCUUGAUUCAUUCAGAAACACGAAGCUUGGCGAUAAUCAAGUAGACGAAAAUGGAAGCUCAACUCAUUAGCAACCCUACGAGAAAAUUACUGCUUAUGGUAAGCAUCAUUUUACUAACCGUCGGGGCAUGCGGCGGUCCGUUGAUCAUGCGUCUCUAUUUCCUCCAUGGAGGCAAAAGAAUAUGGUUAACAGGGUGGCUACAAACUGCAGCAUGGCCUCUCAUUCUCAUCCCACUUGUAGCUUCGUAUUGCAAUCGUCGCAAGAAACACGAAGGAGGCUCCCACACCAAACUAGUCCUAAUCGAUCUUCGGACGCUCAUAUCAGGAGUAAUCAUCGGUUGCCUAGUCGGCUUAUCCAAUCACUUGUAUUCCUUUGGCGUCGGGCACUUGCCCGUGUCAACCAACUCCCUCAUCCUUGCGACUUCGCUAGUUUUCACCGCAUUUUCAGCUUUCAUUCUCGUCGGCCAAAAGUUUAAUGCGUAUACGGUAAACGCCAUAGUGCUGUUGACACUGGGAUCAGUGGUUUUGGCAAUUCAUGCUGGGAGUGAAAGACCAAAGGGUGAGAAAAAUAAGAUGUAUAUUCUGGGGUUCAUUUUGACACUUGCAGCUGCAGCCUUGUCUGGGUUUCUUCUACCUUUGAUUGAAUUGACGUACAUGAAGGCCAAGCAGGCAAUCAGCUACACCUUGGUGAUGGAGUUUCAGUUGGUGCUGUGCAUUUCUGCCACGGUUUUCUCAACUGUCGGGAUGCUAGUCAACAAUGACUUCAAGGAAAUUUCCCAAGAGGCAAGAGAAUAUCAACUGGGAGAAACAAAAUAUUACUUGGUCCUAGUUUGGUGUGCCAUUAUUUGGCAAUGUUUCACCGUGGGAUUCACUGGAAUAAUCUUCUGCGCUUCAUCUUUGUUGUCCGGAAUCAUGCUCGCCGCUUUACUUCCAAUCACAGAAGUAUUAGCCGUCAUUUUCUACCAUGAAAAGUUCCAAGCAGAGAAGGGCAUCGCUCUUGCCCUCUCUCUUUGGGGUUUUAUUUCGCACUUUUAUGGUGUUAUCAAGCAUGGCAAGAAGCAGCAAAUUCCAGAAGCAGAGAUGCCUUCAGGCACUGCUCCCUGAUUUUCGGGUUGGUGCUGUAUUUCUCAAGAGUCUAAUUAUUAAUUAAUGUACAAUAAUACAAAAUAUAUAUUGUUAUUGUCAUUUAAUGUACAAAAUAUAUAUUGUUAUUACAUAAUUUACUUUGAGGACAAUAAGGUGUCCAUCUGAACAUUCAAUCGUCAUCUGAACAAUAAGGUUUUGUGGCGUAAUUUGUUAUUAUAUAUUCAUCCCUUUCAAGUA